AUGUCCGCCGACUGGAAUCUGGAAGUCGUCGCCUCUCUCGUCCUGCUCGCUAUCCUCGUCUCUUAUCUCACGGGCAGUGUCAACCCUCGACUUCCACCUGGUCCAAAGCCGCUUCCACUGCUGGGAAAUCUUCACCAGCUUCCAUCUCAACAUCAAUACAAGGUUUUCACCCAGUGGGCUAGACAAUACGGCGAUGUGUUCUUUGUCAAGAUAUUCCACAAGCCGGUUCUGGUGGUUAACGAUGCGAAAGCCGCCCGUGAACUGAUGGAGAAGAGGAGCUCAAAAUACUCCGAUAGGCCCCGCACAGUCGUGCUCAGCGAACUUGUUGGCAUGAGUCCAAUAUUGUUUCUGCUGCCAUACGGCAAUGACUGGCGGCGUCACCGAAAAUGGUUCCAAAAUGCGUUUCAAGUGCAAUCUGCAAGGCAAAAUUUUCGACCUCUCCAGCAGAGCAUGGUUCAAGGCUUGCUCUUAGGCCUGGUCGAGUCGCCGCACGACUUCAGAGCUCAUGUAAAGAGGGCUCUAGGAACAGCGAUGUUGGAAAUUGCCUAUGGACACGUAGGCACAGACGAGGAGUAUGUAAAGCUAGCGGAUAUGGCCACUUCUGAAGCCCUCGAACUUGGGGGUGCAGGCACAACACUUGUAGACUUCUUCCCCAUCUUAAAGUUUACCCCUGCUUGGAUGUCUAGUUUCAAGCGACGCACAAUCGAAAUUGAACAUUUGGUACGAGCCGCAUGGGAUGUUCCGUAUGACAGGGUGAUGAAAGAGAUAGCCGCCGGCCAUGCAAGAAAGUCGUUCCUGUCGUCUUUGAUUAUGGAGGCUUCAGCGGAUGGGAAUCCAACGAAAAUAGAUGAGCGACACUUGAAGGGUGCUGGGAUCAUGGUAUACGGAGGCGAGUGCGAACCCUCUGGUACUGAUACGACUGUUACCGCCCUGAUGACUUUCAUUUUGGCUAUGACCUUACAUCCAGAUGUCUGCAAGAAAGCACAAGCCGAAAUCGAUCAGGCUGUGGGGCCAUCACGACUCGUGGACUUUGAUGACAGGACGUCUCUGCCGUACUUCGAGUGUGUUAUCAAAGAAGUAUAUCGCUGGGCGCCUCCCCUACCGCUAGGCAAGUCGAUCGAAUAUUUUAGCACGGGAUAUUAUCACGGAUUCCAUAUCCCUGCAGGAUCUACCAUAGUUCCGAACAUUUGGGCCAUGACACGAAAUACAGAUGUUUAUCCCGAGCCAGACCGUUUUUGGCCAGAACGGUUCGAACACCUCGAUGCUAAGACGAUGGACGAGCACGAUCCGGCUAAACUCAUCUUCGGUUUCGGCAGGCGAAUCUGUCCUGGCCGGAACUUGGGUGAUUCUAGUGUCUGGCUAGCCGCGGCGAAUAUGUUAUCUACAUUGGACAUACGCAAGGCACGAACUGUGGCGGGAGAGGAAAUUACACCAGAAGUAAAUUUUGCGGAUGGCGUUAUUAGUCACGUUGCUCCCUUCCAAUGUGACAUUGUACCGCGAUCAGAGAAGGCGAAAGAAACCAUCGCCUUGUACAACCCUGACGUUAUUAUGUAG